UAUUGGUUAUUCAUUAAUACUACAACACUUGAAACAGCAAUACAUUCAAUAAGGAUCACAUCCGUAACACUAACAUGAACAGUCCGCAGGAAUAUCAAACUGAUUUGGAGGUGAUUCUGGAAUUUCUUGAGGAGCACUACAGACAGGAAUCUCGAAGAAAAGCCAUAUGGAACAUGAGGGAUCUCUGUGUCAUGUCAACUGAUGAAGUUGUGAACACGUCUGAAGAGAAGCAACCUGGUGAGGAGCACUUCAGCAAUGUGUUAGAGGAGGAAAAGUCCCAGCUGCAGUUUUCUGAGCAGGUCAUGGGAUCUCUGGCCAAAGCCAACGGAUCUGACUCAUAUACAGACUGCGGGAUAAAUUGCACCGGCCCCACCGUAGUCGACCAGUCUUCGGUCCUUCACGAUGCACCCGACGGGCGAGUGUUAAAUGCCGUAAACGGACCAGAGAGACCUUUAACUCCUAAUACAACACCUGAAAAGUGUGCCGAAUCAUUGCCCAGCAUUACACCUGCAGAGAAAGGGAAAAAGCUACGUCUUUUCCACUUCCUGUUCGAGAUGCUGGAGGACCCAGGCAUGGCCCACUGCGUGUCAUGGGUGCCGGCCUCAGCUGGCGUCUUUCGCUUUUCUGCAAGGCACAAGGAGCGUGUGGCAGAGCUGUGGGGCCAGAGGAAGGGCAACCGAAUGCCCAUGACCUACCAGAAAAUGUCCCGUGCCCUACGCAAUUACGCCCGCUCGGGGGAGAUCAUUAAAGUGAAAAAGAAACUGACUUACCAGUUCAGUGUUGCUACCCUCUCUACUUUACAGAAUCAACAUAGUAUAAAAAGAAAGCACUGAAAUGAGAGCUCAAUGAUUGUCUCCAGUGUGUUAAGGUCAUUAUGUUACUCUCAUGAUAUCUUAAUUGCCUUGGUAACGGGAGAAGGGUAAAAUUAGUUUCUUAUUUUUUUCUUGCUCAAUUACGUUUCAUAAGAAGGUGAUAAAUAUGGUGUUUUUUUUUAUACUUUUAAGCAAAUGAUGUACUUUUUGCUGUUCUUUUGAUACAUAAAGUAUGUCUUUUUAUUAUCAUUUUCUUUUGAUAUUUUUCUAUUUUUUUAAUCAGCUUUUAAGCUGGCAGUUGAAAAGAACAAAACCAGAUAAAAACAGACAAGAUGUCUGCUUCUUCCCGCACUGCGCAUUUGUUCCCAGUAGGUGGCAAAGCUGCUACACUGCUAUUAUUGUGAUUGUCACUCAGUGAUUCGCUACAGUUAUACAGUUUUUUUACUUAAUUAUUAACAACUUAUUUUUUUUACAGUAAACAAUCAUUGAUGCUGUAUAUUACAAAUCCACAAAAAUCAUUGCAAAGCAUCUUCUAUAUAUUUUUUUUUGUUCACUUCAGUGCUAUUUUAGUAUUAUUUAUAUUGUACUGUAUACUAUUUUUGUUUAGGUUGUAGCAAUUUAAGAUUCACUUUUUCAUUUUUUAGGUUUCCAUUUAGCUUUAACUUAUAUUGUUCUUAGUACUUCAACUUAUUUUAUUACAAUUAGUUGCCAAGGCAAUAUUUGUAAUUGUUUUUUUUUUUGUUUUUGUUUUUAAGUUUAGAUUUUUCAAUUCUUGAUGCAUUUAAAAAGCAUGUCUUUUAUAAACUUGUCUUUUAUAAAUAAAAUUGUAUUUGUGUACAUUUGCAUAUAUAGUCAAUCCUAUUUUUUUUUAGAAAUUUAAUUAUGUGCUUUUAUCAUUUUUGUAUUUCUA